AUGGGAAACAGUUCAUCCAAGCAUAAACAUCAAGGUCAUUCACUCAAGAGCACUCCUGCUGACAAUAUUCCCAAAUCCCCAAAGAAAUCGCGUCUUGUUGCGUCAUCACCAUUAAGUAAGAGACAAACACCCAGCCGACCAACACCGGUAACAAAUACAAAGCCUAAAUCCGCAACAACUUCAGAAUCAAGACCAUUAGGCAGUAGUGAUAGUAGUAAUAAUGGUAUCGGUCAAAAUUCCGGGGGCGUUUCGCAGAGCGCAAAAGAAGCCCUGGCUCGUGCUGCUGAAGAAAGAUUCAAGAAAUUACAAGAACAGAAAAUGGGACAGAAAGAGAGAUUGAGAAGUAAAGCGAAGACUAGUAGAGUUGAGAAGGGCUUAUAA